ACGUGACGUCACUGCGCAGGCAGGGUCUGGAAAUGUGGUGUAAAUCGCUUGUUUGCCUUGUCAUAGGGGGUUGUGUGGUACUACAAGUCCCAUCAUCAGUGUAAUGGUUAACAGACACAACAGUCCAACCAAUCAGACGGCCCUCUGCUCCAGAUCAGCCAAUCGCAGGCUUCCCCUCCCCCAGCCUGGAAGUGGAGUAAGACCAUGUGCACUUGAAGGGUGACCCGGUGUCAGGCUGAAGAUGCAGGCCGCUCUGGAGGUCACAGCUAAGUAUUGCCGCACUGAGCUGGAAGAGUAUGGCACGUGCGUCAGCAGCAAACCGGGGAGCUGGCAACAAGACUGUCAUGAGCAGAAAGUGAAGGUGGCCCAGUGUACUUCAUCUCAUCCUAUAAUACGGAAGAUUCGUACGCAGUGCGCCGAACCCUUUGCGGCUUUCGAGCAAUGUCUGAAACAGAACCAGGCCGCAGUGGAAAACUGCUCCAAACACGUGACUGAAUUUCUUCACUGUGCCGAGAGCGUCAAGGUAUCCGAGCAGACACAGAACUGACCAAGAACACUGUGGACCCAGCGAAGACAUACUUCAGAAGACUCCUAAGGCCACCAACCGCUCCACUGUGUCCUAGUCAGCCUAAACGUGUACAGCAGCUUCUGACAUUGAAUAGAUAGAGGUGUUUGUUUUGUACUUUGUGGUAUUUGUAUGAAUUUUAUAUUCUAUUCCUCCUUUCUAUAACGUGAAAAUCACGUUCCUAUCCCUGAGCCUUGACUAGAGGACCUUUACCUGGUGAA